AUGGUGGAGGCUAAGGCAGGCGAGUCAAAUGGACCCACAAAUGCAGACAUUAUUGCUAUGCUGGGAAAAAUUAAUUUGAAACUGAUCGAUGUAGAUAAGAAGCUCGAAUCUCUUGAGUCAAUACAAAGAAAAGUAGAAGCUAAGGUCCAAGGGUUAGAAAAUAAAGUAGACAAUUUUGAUUAUGAACUUAAAAAACUAUGGUUACAUUUUGAUUCUACAUCCAAAGCGACGGAUUCAAAAAUUGAUCAUGUUGUAAAUCGUGUAUCGUCCACUGAGAUCGAAAGUGAGGUGGCUCGUAAGAGGAUUGAAAAUCUUGAAAAGAAAAAUGUCGAAAUGAAAGAGACCUUGACAUAUAUGCAAUCGCAAUCCAUGCGCAAUAAUUUGAUUUUCGGUGGAAUUAAGGAAGAAACAAAUGAAAAUCCUGAAAAAACAGAAACUAUCCUCCGACAUUUCAUGGUUGAAAAACUACAGCUUGCAAGAGAAUUAGUUGCAAAUAUGAAAAUUGAAAGGGUACAUCGUAUGGGUCCUCCUGCACAAGAUCAAACUGAAAGGCAAACUAAAAUUCGCCGCAUUGUUUGCAAGUUCAACCUGUUCCAGGACAGAGAAGUUGUUCGGAAAUCCAGUCAUAAACUUAGGAGUACGAGUUAUUAUAUCACGGAGCAGUUUCCACCGGAAAUUGCAGUGAAAAGGAAAAGUCUUUUCAGGAAAAUGAAGCAGGAAAAGGAGGCCGGCAAUACUGCCUGGGUCUCAUACGAUAAGUUAUACGUCAACGGCAAAGUUGUUUCCGACGCGUAG